CUAAAGGCUAGCUAGAUGUGAGCUGCCACUUGGCUAAAUCGUUCUCUAUUCUACUUCACCAAUUUCACUUUUCCCUUGCGGAGGGGGAAGGUCUGGGGGCAGCCUGGCCAAUCAGGCAGCUACGAGUGACGUACUGCAAAAGUGAAAGGCGGCAGCUGUAAUUGCUUCUUCACAACAGGCCAGCGCGUCGACUUACUUCUUCAUCACUCUUGCAUCUCCUCCAUCCCAACAUACCCUUUUUGCUGCUGCCAGUAUUUCUCUGGGUUUAGAAGGAGCAAACCACACAGGCGCGUGUUUACUGCUUACCCUUGUUGAUUCCUGACCCCGCAGUCAGCAUGGAUGCACCCAACCCAACACCAGAUGAGAUUCUCUCUCAGUUCUGUGCAAUAACUGGAAUGGAACCCUCCGAGGCACAGAAUUGGCUGAUGGAAAGGAAUCUCGAUGAGGCGCUAUCUGAGUAUUUUGCGGAUCCUGACGCCAUGACGGAGGAGGCAGCAGCUCCUAGCGGUGGAAGUUCGAUAGGGAGACGACUGGGGAAUGAUGACGAGACGGAAUCGGCAACUGGCCAGUCGCUGGGUGACUUCCGACAACCACCCUCGAAGAAAGCUGUGCCUCAAAAAAAGUUCGCUACCUUGGGUGAUUUUGCGGCCCGGGCAGGCGAUUCUACAGACGAAGAAGACGAUGAAAACCAGGACUUCUUUGCUGGGGGCGAAAAAUCUGGGUUGGCCGUACAGAAUCCUGACGACAUCAAGCGGAAAAUCCUAGAGAAAGCCAGAAAGUCCAAGCCUCCAUCUGCUGACGACUCCGAGCCGCUUAGGUCAAAUUUCACUGGCACUGCACGCACGCUCGGUGGUGACGAUGCACCGAGCCGGGUCAUCGAGAGCCAAGCCUCACGCUCCAUACAGCAGCCGCCAAGGGUACAGAGAACUCUUCAUUUUUGGGCAGACGGCUUUUCAGUGGAUGAUGGCGACCUGUACCGGUCUGAUGACCCUCGGAAUGCCGAGGUCCUAGAGGGAAUCCGACAGGGUCGCGCCCCUCUCUCAAUUAUGAAUGUACAACCGGGCCAAGAAGUCGAUGUUGAGAUCAAGCAACAUGAAGAAAAGUACAUCAAGCCAAAGCCCAAAUACAAGCCAUUUUCGGGCCAGGGACAGCGACUGGGCAGCCCGACCCCCAUGAUCAAAACCCAGCAGGCUCCUACCACCACUGCUGCAAAAUCGAGCGAAGCCCCCUCUGACCCUGUCCGUCCUACUGUCGACGAAUCACAACCCGUGGUAACCUUGCAGGUGCGACUUGGGGAUGGAUCGCGGCUUACUUCCAGAUUCAACACGACGCAUACCAUUGGCGAUGUCUACGACUUUGUCUCGGCAGCAAGUCCUGUCAGCCAGUCUCGGCCUUGGGUGUUGAUGACCACUUUCCCAAACAAAGAGUUGACUGACAAGGCUGCAGUGCUAGGGGAUCUCGCGGAUUUCAAGCGUGGUGGCGUUGUGGUGCAGAAGUGGCAGUGAAGUCAGGCUUACAGUACGCUCUUCAUGGCUCACAACAUUGGAAAGAUAAGACACCCAUGAUACUACUCAUGAUAGCUUAAUUCCAUACCAUCUAUCCAGCAGUCAGUUUAG